ACUUCAAAAAGAGUACUCAAAAAGUGUGACUCGCACUAAAGACUCACUAUUGACUCGUUAAUCGGCGAGAGCAGCGUUUGUGAUUUUUGAGGUGGAAAAUGUCGGCGAUGGUGGUAGAUCGGAGUGUGUCGUCGACGCUGAAUCCGAACGCGCCGGUGUUUGAUCCGGUGGGAUUCCGUGAGGUUGAAGAUUUCUCGCCCAAGUGGUGGGAUCUGGUGACGACUUCCAAGUGGUUCCGUGACUUUUGGCUCAGUGCCAACUCGGAGUAUGAGUUCGGCAACGACGAUGAGUUCUCGGAUAUGGAGGAAGAGUUCGAAGAGCUGAUCAUGUCUUCGUCGGAAAAGGAGGCUGAGAUCGGUGGAUCUACAGUGACCGAAUUAGAUGUUGCUAGGUACUUGAAGGUGCUUUUGAGUAUGGUGGAGUCUACGAAAGGGAAGAUUUACAGAUCAGAUGUGUCGAUUUCUUCUUGUUCUCCGAAGUAUAACAAUAAGAAGACGAGCAAGUACAUGAACCCAAACUUCAAUUGUCGCCGAAACCAUCACAUUUAUCAGCCACGGUGAAGAAGUAGUAGAAGCUUUUAGAGAGAAAAAUAAAGUUCUUCUUAACUAAAGUCGUGACGUGUGUUUCAUGAAUGAAGCUGAAUAGCUGAUAUUUGCGUCUUGUGAUGUUACUACUCUCUCUUCUUCCUUUAGUUUCUGUUAAUAUUCUCUUAUAAAUAAUAAAACGUCCGUUAUGAGCUAUGUGUUG